AUGUAUUCUUCCUCUUCCUUGACACCGUUUUCUCCUUUGCCGUUGUCUUUGAAAGACGGUGAGUGUAGAGGCUGGGCGGAGCUUCCGUCUGAAUUAACGUCAUCGAUCUUAAGCAGGCUUGACUCGAUUGAUUUAUUAGAGAAUGCUCAGAAAGUGUGUACAUCAUGGUAUCGUGUCUGCAAAGACCCUGAGAUGUGGCGUAAGAUAGACAUGCGUAACUCUGGGGACUUGGGGUUGAACCUCGAGACCAUGUGCCGUCACGCAGUGGAUCGUAGCAAGGGAGGACUGGUUGAGAUUGACAUUUGGCAUUUCGGUACUGAUUCUCUCCUCAACUACAUUGCUGAUAGCGACAGAAACCUGAGAAGCCUUAGACUUGCAAUGUGCUCUCCAAUAACAACUGAUGGACUUACGGAAGCAAUUCUGAAACUUCCAUUGCUUGAAGAACUCGAGGUCUCAUACUGCUCUUUGUCCGGAGAAUCUCUGAAAGUUGUAGGAAAGUCUCUUCCUAAUCUGAAGACGCUGAAGCUAAACCGCAUUGGAUUCAUGCGUCCUAGUUACGAGAGUGAUGUUGAUGCCUUAGCUAUAGCUGAAACGAUGCAUGGACUUCGCUUCCUUCAGCUUUUUGGAAACAUAUUAACAAAUGUUGGCUUAAACGUCAUUCUUGAUAAUUGUCCUGACCUGGAACAUCUUGAUUUACGUCAUUGUUUCAACGUUUACAAUGUAGUAGAUCUGGUGAUGGGAUGUUCGGAGAGGAUCAAAGUUUUAAAACUACCUUAUGACUUGAUUGAUGAUUACCCAUAUGCUGGGAAUUUUUACGACAUUGAUUCAUCUGAAGAUGAUAGCCCAUGGGCUCUCAUGGCUGCUGAUUCUUACUACCAUAGCUUUGCAGGUACAUACGGUCUAUUUGAGGACGGUCUGUUUGAGAUGAAGCACAACGAAGGACACUGA